AUGGCUGACGCUACCUCAACGCAAGCUCCCCUUCCGACCACUGGCAAUGGAGGAGACUCCCUCACACAAAACCUGAACGUCCCCUUCCUGGGUGCCGAUAUGGUCUGGAUCAUGACCUCUUCGGCACUGGUCUGGAUCAUGAUUCCAGGAGUCGGUCUGCUCUACUCUGGUAUGUCGCGUAAGCACCACGCCCUGUCUCUCCUGUGGGCAUCCAUCAUGUGCUGUGCCCUCGUCUCUUUCGAGUGGUUUUUCUGGGGUUACACUCUGGCAUUCUCUCACAAGGCCGGAAAGUUCAUUGGAACCAUGGAUAACUUCGGUCUUAUGAAUGUUCUCGCUGCUCCCUCUGUUGGCUCCUCUGCUGUCCCCGAUAUCCUGUAUAUGUUCUACCAGGGCAUGUUCGCAUGCAUCACCGGUAUGCUCAUGGUUGGUGGAGCUCACGAGCGAGCUCGACUCGGCCCCAUGAUGGUAUAUCUCUUCAUUUGGAUGACUGUCGUCUACUCUCCUAUUGCAUGCUGGACAUGGAACCCUAGUGGAUGGCUCGCCGUCCUUGGAGGACUUGAUUUCGCAGGUGGAGGACCUGUUCACAUGUCUUCCGGUGCGGGUGCCCUUGCCUAUGCUCUCUGGUGUGGUAAGAGACGUGACCCUGCUGUUGAGAAGCUGCCUCACUACCGGCCCUCUUCCGUUACUUCCGUUGUUCUCGGCACUGUUUUGCUUUGGUUCGGAUGGUUCGGAUUCAACGGUGGUUCCUCUGGUAACGCCUCCAUCCGAGGCUUCUACGCUGCCGCUAAUACUAACCUUGCUGCUGCUUGCGGUGCUCUCGCUUGGAUGUGUGUCGACUUCUUCCGAAAGGGCCGAAAGUGGUCCACUGUUGGUCUCUGUUCUGGUGCCAUCGCAGGUCUCGUUGGCAUCACCCCCGCCGCCGGCUUCGUCCCUAUCUGGUCUGCUGUCCCUAUUGGUAUCAUCACCGCCGUCUUCGCUAACAUUUCUGGUGACCUUAAGAAUCUGCUCCGAAUUGAUGAUGGUCUCGAUGUCUUCUCUCUCCAUGGUGUGGGAGGAUUCUGCGGCUCUGUUCUUACUGCCUUCUUUGCUGCUGACUACAUUGCCCAUCUGGAUGGUGCCACAGAGAUCAAGGGUGGAUGGCUCAACCACCACUGGGCUCAGCUGGGUUACCAGCUGGCUGGUGCGUUUGCUACCCUCGGCUACUCCUUUGUGGUCUCUUCAGUUAUUCUUGUCAUCAUGAACAGAAUCCCCUACCUCAACGUCCGAAUGACCGAGGAGGAGGAGAUGCUUGGAACCGACAUGGCCCAGAUCGGCGAGUUUGCCUUCGACUGGGAGGACUCUGGAGUCCUGGACCUGCAUGGCCAGAACCCCAAUGGUAUGGGCGUCACCCCCAACGUCCAGACUCCCAAGCCCAGCAGCAUCAACGAAAACAAGGAGGCUGCUGAGAGUGAUUCGGUUUAA